GUAUGGUUUUAGUUUCUUCAUGCAUGCAAUUAUUAAAGAGGAAUAUUCAAAAUGCUCUGUUGAACAAAUAAUUGAGGCACGUUCCUUGGCUCCUGUAGUCCCUAGCUUAUCUAAUUUCGACAUUAUAUACUUAAGAGGAGAGGCGAUAGCACACUCAUCCAACAAGCUCAUAUUCAUCUCUAUUCUUUGCUCUUUCAAUUAUAACCGAGUUCUAAGUUCUAACACGAAAAAUGGCUGAGGCACUUAUCUCUGUGGUUCUAGAGCAACUGGCUUCAAUAGUGUUUGAACACACAAAACAAGCGGUGACACUCUUUUUGAAUGCUGAGGAAGAUGUUCAUAGUUUCCGCAGCAAUCUCGAAGCCAUUCAAGCUGUGCUGGAGGAUGCAGAGAAGAAACAAGUGACGGAGGCCAGAGUGAGAGACUGGUUGCAGAAGCUCAAAGAUGUAUCGUACGAGAUGGACAACGUCCUAGACGAGUGGAACACUGAAAUUUUGAAACAACAAGUGGAGGAAGGCAAGAAGAAGUUUCUUUCCCAAAAAGAAUGCACUAUUAUAGAAGCAGUCAAGGGUGCUAAUCAAAGACUGGAGCUACCGGGUGAUUAUAAGGUUCGUCAUUUAACCUUAAUAGAUGUACGUGAAGGUCAACUUCCUACUUUAUUUGACAACUGCAAAAAUAUGCGAACCCUCAGGACAUUGAAUUUCCUCACACUCCUUGAUUCAAGCAUUACAGCCAUAAGCCCCGGUUCAAUUAUGCAAAUGAAAUGCCUCAGGACAUUGAAUUUGAGUCGUAACGAGCUCAAUAAAGUUCCUAAAGAGAUUGGUGAAUUGAUUCAUUUGAGAUAUAUGGAUUUGUCUUUUAGUCGUAAUUUGAAAGAAUUACCGGAUGCUGUGUGUGAUUUAUACAAUCUACAAACUCUGGACGUUGUGUUCUGUGGUGAACUUGAGAAACUACCCAAGGCAAUGGGAAAGUUGAUUAACUUGAAGCAUCUAUAUGUUCUGGGUUGUAAUAAGCUGAGGUACUUACCGAAAGGGAUUGGGAGUUUGAAAAGUCUGCAAGUACUAGACUGGUUUUAUGUAUGUGAGGGUGAUGAUGAUGAAGCAUUGAAAUUAGGAGAUCUCGGAAUCAUGGACCAGCUUCAGGGGAGCCUUUCUAUAGAUCGAUUGGGGAAUAAGGAUGAUGCGAGUGGGAUUGAGAAAGCACAGUUGGGGAAUAAGGAGCACCACUCCGAAUUGCGAGUAUUUUUCCAGGAAGGAGAUGAAGAGCAGAGAAAAGGUGAUGAAGAAAUAGUGAAAGCAUUGCAACCACAUCAAAAUUUGGAAUCUUUAGACAUUUGGGAUUGCCACAUUGGCACCACCGAGUCUCUCUAUUGGAUCAAUUCUUUACGCAAUUUGAGAAGACUUGGUCUCUAUGAGUGGAAAUUUUGUGAAGUUUUUCCUCCUCUUGGAAAAUUGCCAUCGCUUGAAAUUCUGGAGAUAUGGGCGAUAAAGAAAGUGAAAAAGGUGGGAGUUGAAUUUCUGGGAAUAGAAGAAGAAGAAGAACAAGUCUCAGGAAUUCUAUUCCCCAAAUUGAAACUACUUUCUUUCAGAUCGAUGGACAACUGGGAAGAGUGGGCCUUUGUUUCUGAAAUCACAAUAAUGCCACGCCUUUCUGAGUUGCGAAUUGUCGAGUGCCCAAAGCUAAAAGCACUGCCAAAGAUACCAGCACUGCGUACUUUGGAGAUCUGGGGUUGUCCAAUUCUGGAAGGAGAAUACGAAAAAGGCGUGGGGAAGGAGUGGCACAACAUUUCUCACAUCCCAAACCUCACAAUCCAAUCUGAAUGGUGAACAGCCAGCAGGGAGCUCGGUAAUUGGUGUUUCUGCAAAUGGACCGUUCAAAUGCUGCCAUUCUCAAUCGUUGAAGCCUACUUGAAGAGUAAAAGGAGAUUGCUUCUGGCUCACAGUGACAUGUUGGAGUGGAAUGCUAAGCUUAUCAAGGGAGUACUGACUUCUGAACUACUUACCAAAAGGGAUUGGGAGUUUGAAAAUUCUGCGAACACUAGAAAGCUUUCAGAUAUGUGAUGGUGGGCCUUUCUUCCUUGUGAAUUUUGGGCAGCCCAGUGCUGAAACAAUUGCCAGACUUCCUGCAGAAGAUAACAGCACUGCAUUUGGAGAUCAAGCGGUGUCCAUUUCGCACAUCACAAUUGUGAAACUUGCUGCCCAAAUACAAGUUUCCAUGGAACUGAACAGACAGAUAAUACGAUCAUUCAGGAGCGUUUUUCAAGCAGUGGGAAACCUUAAAGGAAAUUCGUUACCAAUUAGACUCAGCUAGAUACAAAAUCAGUUCAAGUUGAUGGUGGUUCAGAUGCCUGAUUCUGUGGGAUUGAAAAUUCACCAAGCUACACUUGUAUAUGGAACACACUGAUUGAAGCUUCAAGAAUGGUAUUAGAGUUGUGAAGCUGACAAGCAGUACAUAGGAGGGACUGUUAGCCGUACACGAUAAAGGAAAUUUGGUAUAUAGCCAUUUGACUGAUUGAAGUGAGGGCUCUUACCUAAACUAGGCUGAAAGAUAUUGUUGGUAAAUGGACUCUGAAAGCAUUUUGUGCACUCUGUGUCUAAAUCAGCCCCUCAGAAAGAUUUGUUGGACACUCUCUCAAACUCUGCCAACAUCAUUGUUAUCAAAGCAAAGGUCGUGGCUGGAUUAACUAGUGAAGUAGGAGUUCAUCCAAUUGGAUGUGCUUAUGCAAUUUCAGGGGACGGACCAUUAUCAAGCGGACUUGCACCAUAAAGGAAAUUUGGUCUGCAUUUGACUGAUUGAAGUGGCCCUUAACUGAAUAUGUUAUCAACAUCUUAAGCAAUCCAAGGCGCAAGCUUUUGUGAAAUGGACGUUAGUGCUGAUUGGGAUUUGAUUGGUAAAUGGGAUUUGGAAGAUUUUCUAUAAUCUGCAUCCUAACAAUAAACAUGGAGCCCGGUGAGUACUCUUUAUGUGGCUGUACUCAAACUGAAAGAUCUAUUGGAUUUCCUCUAGUACCAAACCCUGCCACCUCACCAUCGUCGAAGGGUAAGGGAUUUGAAGAUGCAAAAUCAGUUGAAGUUAAGUGGUGGUUCAGUAACUGGAGCUCCAGGACUCUGUUGAGUGGCUUGUGACAGUUAAAUCUACUAAUGGAGUACUAAGAGCUUGUUGCAAUUUGCUCACCGUCGGGGUCAUGGAUUCAAGUACGGUGCAAUUGGACUAAGAAAAGAGGAUGAUUUACAGAUCGAGGGUUUCGCGAUCCGUCACCAGCUAACUGCGUGCCACUUAUCUCUGUCAAGUGUUAAUCAUCAUUCCUUCCCAUUUUUUACCGGUUUAGGGAACCUGAUUUGGCCCAAACUUGUAAUCCACCACCUAUAGGUGUUGGGACGCCUAGAAAACAUGAGUUUUACAAGUACUACAUUAAGAGUAUCAAUUACAAGCUGCCCGAAAAGUAAGGGUAGUAAUUUCAAGUGAGAGAAAGAUUGAGAUUCUAGGGCUGGGAAACACAGGUAUUGUGAGAGAAUUCUUGGUGGAUUUUUUCUUAUCACAAUCUAAUGAAAUCCUUCGGAGGAACUCUCCCCAUGACAUAGGCACAGAUUUUGGCCAAAUGUCAUUCUUGA